CGGAUAUACGGGGACUUGUGGGUAUGUUGGCAAGGCAAAUAUUAUGGCGGAGUGCACCGUGUUCGGUUUGCAUGCUCAACGUCACACGCAAUGACUGCGUGCCCAAGAGAGGUGUUAGUUUACAUCUACUGGCUCUGGUCUUAGUAUAAUAACUUUUUAUUAGGAAAGACCACAGUUUUCUUACAUUUUUUUUUCAUUCGUUGGACUUCAAUGGUGUCGUACAAGUUUCCUGAGGUUCGCGAAGAGCACAUUGGAAUAGUUUGGCACUGUUCUUUGCCGAAGAAGGAAUGACAGACACCGUCAUCUCGACCAUGCGAAAAAGAUUUUUCAGGGUGUUCCUACGAAGUCGUCUAUGCUCCAAAAGGUCUUCAUAACUGGUGUUUCGCCAAGCUGCCUAUGCAGCUAAAGUAUGUAAUGAACAAAUACGAAGUUUUGGGGGUUGUAGGUGAAGGUGCCUACGGGGUUGUACUGAAAUGUCGCCACAGGGAGAAUGGAGAGUUAGUGGCCAUCAAGAAAUUCAAAGACAGCGAAGAGAACGACGAUGUCAAGAGGACGACGCUGCGGGAGCUGAAGAUGCUUCGAACCCUCAAGCAGGAGAACAUCGUGGAGCUGCGCGAAGCAUUCCGGCGCAAGGGCAAACUCUACCUGGUCUUCGAGUACGUCGAGCGGAACAUGCUGGAACUGCUGGAGGAAAUGCCAAAUGGUGUGCCUUUGGAGAAGGUGCGCAGCUACACCUACCAACUGUGUAAGGCUGUUUGCUGGUGCCAUGUGAAUGAAAUUAUCCACAGAGAUAUCAAACCAGAAAAUCUGUUAAUCAGCAAAAAUGAUAUUCUCAAAUUAUGUGAUUUUGGGUUUGCACGGAACAUUGCAAGUGGCUUAAAUGGCCUUUACACAGACUAUGUGGCAACUCGCUGGUACAGGUCACCUGAACUUCUCCUGGGGGCACCAUAUGGCAAGCCUGUUGAUAUUUGGGCUAUUGGAUGCAUCAUGGGAGAGCUUAGCGAUGGACAACCACUCUUUCCUGGAGAGAGUGAGAUCGACCAGCUGUACGUCAUCCAGAAGAUUCUAGGACCUCUGCCUUCUUACCAGAUGAACCUCUUUCAUAAAAACCCAAGAUUCUCUGGCCUCAAGUUUCCAAAUGUAAAGAAACCAAAGACACUGGAAAAGCACUACCAGGGUACCUUGACUAGUGUUCUCGUCGACUUCAUGAGUAGCACACUGAAGCUGGACCCUGAUGAGCGCUUGAUGGUGGAAGAGUGUAUGGACCAUGUAGUAUUUCAGACAGAGCGUGCUGUAGACCGCAGCAACCGCAUGCCUACCAUCCAGCAUAGAUCUCACAGCAGCAACAAAAAGCGACGCACUGAGGACAUCUUAGAGAAGCAGGACAGUGGAGGAGAGAAGAAAGAUGUGCCAACCAGCGCCAAGUCUCAGACAGGUUUUCUGCAACAACUGCUGCAGCCUUCCCACCAGCAUCGUGCACCAUCUCCUUCACCAGAGAUGAUGGAUGUGAAUGAGGAUGAAAAGGAGGAGGAAGACAGUGCAUAUGUCAUUCAGCCUCGCCCAUCCACUAGCAAGUUCCUGAAGCAGGUGCAAAAUCAGACAGCAGCCUUCACAGGGAGCAACUCACUGCCAAGUCAUUCACAGAAGUAUGUGGGUGUCGACCAGGAGAAGGUAAAGGCCAACAAGGAGGAUCUUGAGACCCCUAGUGUACUUUCACCCCCAAAAGGGUACAAAUCUGAGCCUGAUAACAGAACUAAAGAAGCAGAGGUGGAGAUGCGAAACUGUUUGAAAAUAGCCGAGGCCAAAAAGCAGACUUUGGCAGAGAACCGCCAUCACAGCACCUUUUCAGAUUUCCGCAAUGGGAAUAUUCUGGACUUUGUUGUAGGCAGUACAGGGCAGCAAAAGGGGGAAAGGGGUGGUGGUAGUGUCGGGGUUGGUGGGGUGGGUGGUGGGGCUGGAGACUUGCAUCCUGCUCGAGAUGCUGGCGGUAAACUGGAGAGUAUAGAGGAGAUGGAGUGGAUGCCCAGUGAAUCCAAGUACCUCAAGUCUUGGCCCAGUGCAGGCAGCACCAGUGAGCCUAUAGACAGUGUUCAUCUUGUGCGAGAGAAUGGUCUCCGAAGAGUUAUGGAAGAAGGGGAGGAAGUGUGUGCAGCAGGGGAGAAGCAAGGUGGUCAGGGAGUACGAAGUAAUGGCACGUACGUCAUGAACAUCAUGGCCACACCCAGCCAGCAACAGCCAGCAAAAAAGACUACCAGUACUACAAACAUUGACAAGAAGAAAUUUCUGACGCAAGCAACACAGGAGGAGAUUCAGCGGAUCAGAUCCGGUGCACUGACCAAAAAGAAGGCCAUUGAUCAAAUGAUAACAGAGAAGAUUGCUGAAACCAAGGGCCCUGACCGGUGGAAAGACCCAUCUUCCGUACUAUCUUCAGCCACGACGUGCUGGUAACCAAAUGUAUGAAUCAGCAACAGACUUAUACGAGCCAGAACCUGGAUUUCCUCAGCGUGACAUCCACUAUGAUAAUCGUUAUCUGAACACUCCCUCUCGCUCAUCAGUGAGGCAUGCAGGUCCACAACCAUACAAUCUUCUCACAGACUCCUCAGGAGGUUUCAGCACCACCUGGAGAGCACCAGAUUCCAUCAGCCGAGGAGGGACCAUGUAUAAUUUAGCCAAAAAGAAAAAGAAUAAAGCAUUUCUGCAGGUUCCAGACCCAAAUGAAGAUGGCCGACUUUCACCAUCCGUGACAUUGUGCAAUCCAUCAAGACUGUCACAUAUGGAUCAUGAUGGCGGAAGAGAGGAGGGGGAAACGCAAAAGAAUGCAUUGACACCUCGGGUCAGGCUCCCUUUAAAAUGCGGGAGACCAGCUAUCAUGACAUCAAUGCCCCAGCACGAGAACGUCGACCAUACAAACAGCCUGUCAGCUUAAGAAGAAAUACAUAUACUCCAAGGGACCGGGGUGCCCGUCUCCAGCCAUUGCUUAGCUUGACACAAGUGUCACUUGGUUCACAUAACCUGGAAGUUAAUCCAGGGGGGCCAAAAAAUACUCCCAGCAACAAGGCCCUGCACUUUGGAAGUAUGGAACACAAGAGCAGGAAUUCAGGUGGAGGUACCAUGGAAGAUAUUGUGGAGCCAGGCAACAGUACUCCUCGCCCAGACCUGCGACCUGUCAAACUCAGCAAAUCAGGUCGAGGACUGUCUCAGCAUUAAAACUAUUUCAUUUUUGUACCGUAGACACAUCACUACAUUCCUCUUCCUCUGGGUCUUCUGUUUCCCUGCACGUCCUGUUAAAAAUGCAAAUAUGUUCUCACGCCUCCAACAAUACAGUGUGAAAGACAAAUUUCAAGGAAAUGGACGUGGGGAUGAAAACUAUUGUUUUAUCUGAAUGGAAAAGAGGAUAUUUGUGGAGUACUCUUUUUUUUAUGUCUUCAGAAAAUGGCAAAGCUGGAAAACCUUGUGAAUUUCUUGUCAUUUGUGAAUUGAAGGUUAAUGCACAAGUGCCCUCAGCAGAUUGGGUUUUAUUUUAAUUUUUUGAUGGCAUAGGAAGCCUUAGGAAUGGGUCUGUAUAUCUUUGCAUCUUUCCCAUUACAGUUUGAUAUGGUUUAUAUGAAUAGCAUGUGAACUUUUGGGCACCAUUUGUGGAGCUGGAUAUCUGCAGUUUCUUGUUCAUCUUUACCUGAUGAUAUGGUGACCAUAAACUUUACUGCAGUUAUAACCACUCAACAUCAGAAUGGCCAGAUCACUAAUUGGAACCAACAACCAUAAAAGGGAUCAAGCUCAGUAUUGUUAUGCAAAGACUCUUCCCCUAGGUUAGUUGGUGCUCCAGAGCUAGCACAAUAGCAGUUAUGAAGUGAUGCAAGUAGUAUAAACCAUGAUUUGUUUCACAAAGGACAGAAUUAAAAUUUUUCUGAGGAAUAUGGUCUUGCAGUCCCUCAAUAAGUCAUUCCUCCGGCUGCCAUCCCCUACCCCCACCUCAAAAAAAAAAAAAAAAAUUGCCAAUUUGCCAAGCACCUUGCUUUACUUUUGAAAAUGUAGUCUUGGUUAAAAACUUAUAUUUUGGGGAAGGGAAGGGGUGUGUAGGGUGAUGUAUAUUCACACAUAUCAGUUGCCUUGUUAAGGCAACACCUACAUCCGAAUGGGAAUCGUGUAUUCUAGCGUGCCACUUUUCUGUCUGAAGAUCUUCAAUUUUGAACUCUUUUUUGGAACAGCAAGCAUUGUAGGCAAAAGGCAUAACAUAAAACACAAUCUUUGAUCGUUCUUCUACUUGUUCCCUGCUGUUUAAAUGCUCAGGAAAAUUGUGAUCAUAGAGAUUUUUCCCCCUACACCACAGCGUGUGUUGUACAGUGUCAGGAGACUGCAGAGCUGAGGUUCAUGUUGGACAUGUGAUAGUUGCACUUUUUUUUUAUUCGUGGCAACGCAGGUAGUAUGGCAUAAUUAGCAUGCCUGAUAUUGUAACAAAGAUGAAUGAGUGUAACACUUUGUAAAAUUGUCAAGAAUCAGUAUUGAUAGAUCUAAAAAUUAUGUGUGACAUUGUCAAACUGUGAUGUGAUACUUAUCAUUGAAAACAAUGGUGACUCAGUACCAAAAUACCCUCAUACUUAAGUGCUUUGUUUUUAUGGAAGCUAUGUUCUGCUGAGUUAUUUAUGAACUCAUCUUUAAAUUUUUGGUCAUUUUUUUAUGUUGCACUAAGUUUGUCUGGCUUAUGACUGAGCAAAAUAGGGAUUCAUUGAAGCAUGUCAUCCCUGCUUAUCCAAAGAUGUCACAGGUUAGAUGUCAGGGUUCUUGAUGCUGAUGUUUUGCUUUGAGACAGGUACGUGUAGCCUACUUUAUAUGGUGUGAGGUUCAACUGUGUAACCCAAGUAAGAACAGAAAAGUUUGCAUUUGUGAUUUAUUUUGUUAGUUUGCUACAAGAUGUGGGAUGAACAGCAGCUUAGAACUGAGGUAAUCUGCCCUCUUCCUUAGAGUCAGUUUUACAUUUUAAGAGUUGCUCUUGUUGGCUUUAGUUAAUGUUGGCUCCUAGCUUUAAGGUGAUGACUGUGGUUUGCCCAUCUGAAAGAACCCCGGUCUUUCUAGUCACAUCAUUUUGCGAGAGUAAGCUUAGUUGAUGUGCUGUUUUGAAGAUCCGUCCAUCAGGUGAACUGUCAUAGCUAAAAAAAAAAAUUAGUAGAAAAUAAAGACACAAUAAUUAACUAGGCAACUGCUUAUUUAUACUUUACUAUUUUGAAUUAUUAUUACUAUGAUACUCUUAUAUUAUUUAUGAAUCUUCCCCUGUGUUGUACAAAAUUACUCAGAGGAUCAGAAUUGGCCAUGCAGCCUUUCUCUGGCCUUUUACAGCUUUAGUAUUGAUUUAUGAAAUGUAUUGUGCAUUAUUAAAGAAAUGCUAAUAUACUGUGACAGAUUGUUAAUUAGCUCAUUUAUAUUGUCCAGAUCAGGGCAGUAUUGUUCAAAGGUUUGACAGCACUGUUACUUCAGCCAAGCAAAAGCUGAACUUCUGGGAAUGUCAGGUUGUAUUCUGAGAUUUGCAUACAGAGACUCAUGUAUUAGAUAUUAAUGCUUAUUUGUGUGUCUGAGCCUAUACGUCUGUGGUCGGAGCGUAGCAUAUGAGCAUGAGCGUCUGUGUGAGUAGUUUAACAUGUCACUGCUCAUUAUAAACUUGUAGUUAGCUAAGAUGGCGUUUAGUAUAGAUACCCAGACUGCUGAUAGAUCUUCUCAACAGCCCUUCAGCUCUCCAGCAUCAGCAUCAGUGAAUUUGCCUUUUAAGAUGCCAUCAGAGCUCUUUGUCGUAAACAAAAAUACUUUUUCUUAGCACAUUUUCUGUUUCUUGACAUGUUAUCGAAAUAAUUUAACAUGGUAAUCAUGAUACACUGUGAUAUUAUGCAAACUUUUUGUAGACCUGUGACAGAGGACCAACUUCUUUGUCUAACCGUGUUUGUAGGGUGUUUUUUUUCCUUUAAAAACAUUAUUAGAGUGCAAAUGAAAAAGGGAUGAGCAAAAAGCUGGUAAGGACAACUGACAUUGUUUUGUACUUUUUAAAACUUUUUUGGUACAUUGAGCCUUAGGUUCUUGAACUCUUUACAGUUCAGUCAAGAAACCUACGCUCAUUCUUUCACCGAGCAAGAAUCUGUGAACUGUAAUGAAUUAAUGAGUUUUUGUAAUUAAUGUUUCUGUAGCAGGAGACAUCUGUACAGGGAUUACCAAUAGCUAUAUGCAUUUUCAAAAACUGGAGCCAUUUGUAGCAUAUUGGUUAAGUUUCCUUUGUUUUGUUUGGUUAAUUAUUGCUCUUAACUUUUUACCCUUAACAGAAACUGUUUUGAGAUAUAGAUCCAAUCUUUCUGCUCAGGAAACUUUAUUGUUUUACCUUUUGUGGUGUAUAUACAUGCAGUGAACACUUUUUAGAUUAAAAGAACCUCCAAAAAGCUUUCAGUGAAAGCCGGAAUAGUUUAGAAUGGGUCUGUUGUUUCACUUCUUCUCCAUCUUCAAGGAAGAAUAAGUAACAUUUUUAAACAAAACCUUUUUGCUUCCGAGCCACCAUAAAAUUGAAAGAUGCUUUUGGAGCAAAAUACAUAUACCAAACAAAUGUGACCUUCCUUUAGUCUAAAGGAGUUUGCCUAGAAAAUUUACUUAGGCUUAGACAAAUGGUCUAGAUUUGAAUAGCAUGCAUUAAAAAUACAUGUACAACAUCUUUGCUUUAUUUACAAGAUAUGCGUUUUUGUAUGUCCAUUUCAGGGUUUUAUUUUUCAAGAAAAAUAAAUGUUAACAUCUCAACUUUGGCUCCUAUCAUCAACUUAGAGGCUUUUAUCUCUGCAUCUUCCCUCAGCAGCAGUAAUUAAUAUGCAGAAAAUACCCCAUUUUUAAUGCAUUUAAUUCAGGUGUAUCGAAGCAGUUGAGCUAUAGAGGUAUGAAGACAUUUGCAUUAGUGGUUGUGAACUGUAAGAGAAGAGUUAAAAACCCCCUUUAUGGACAUGGACAAAGCAAUUGUGACUAAUAUAAAAAUAACUUCAGGAUAAAGCAGAAACAGAUACCAUGGGACUACGAACACCUCACCACAACUGCAUCACUGGAUAGAGAUGAUUAGCAUUAACAAAUGCAUUUUGCUUAUGCCAUCCUGUUUGCCAAUUAUUUAAUGAUGUAUGCAUCUCACUGCAUAUACAUGGGGUUAUUUAUCCAUUCUGUAUCUAUGCCUCAUUUGUUCACUUAAUUAAGAAGGUGCUAACUCCAGCAAAUGUGUAUCAUUUAAACAUUUUUGUUAUCCUAUAUUUUACAAUUUAAACUUUCAUUACUGAUUUGUCUUGUAUCCUUAGUGCCACGUUUACUGAUUACAACCAGCAAACAAUACUGGUUCUGAAUCACAUUUUGUAUUUGAAUUUCAGCAGCAUUUUUUAGCGGUUUAGCACAUCUAAACGAGGAAAAAAAUGGAUCCAUGAAAAAAUAUCCUUCUUAGGCUUUCAUUUGCUAUAAUGCUUAAGUUCCAACCACAUCUCCCAAUUUUGUAAACAUUAGGUAGCUGCCAUUUCAGCAUUGAUGUUUGUCUAGUCACCACAUGCUGAGCCAGCAAGUUUGAGAUGCUCAGUGAUCACAGUAUUAUUGGUACUCUUUGGCAAACAGAACAGAGCAAUAUACAGUUACAGGUGGGGAAUAAGAUGAAAGCUUUUGUACAUAACUAUUCUAUGCAUAGAGAUUUUUACCAGGUAAAUCUAUAUAGGGAUUUGUUCACUUGUGUGGAAAUAAUGACUGUUACUUGCCAAAUUUUAAUUGCACUGGUAUAUUUUGUAUUUCUGUUUUGGUUAUAUGCUUAUUAUAUAUCAGGUCAUGCGAUAUCCUCCAUGUUGUCUGGGAAUCUGAAGCUAGUUGUUUACAGAGGAUGACACAGAAAGGCAUCUAGUGCUCUAUUGCAACCCUAUAUGAACAAAAUGUCAUGCAACAGCUUUCAGGUUUAAUCGCUGUGUUCAAGAACACAAAAUCCAUGACCAGACCAAGAACUGAUAUUAUAGAAAAUUCAGUGUUUGUUUUACACUGUUUUCCUUUAUAUGUGUGGAGGUCUGAAGCAGUCUGCCUAGCGAAAUGUUUAGUUAUGUGACCCCUUUUAUCAUUUCAAUUAUGUGUCCACUAGUAAAUCAUUGAAACUUAACAUUUAUUAACACUCUAUGUUUCAGCAGCCAUUACCUACAAUAAAGUGUACUUGUAACACGCAACAUGACCACACUUUCUUUGUAGACCAGUAAUGAUAAAUGAACAUUAGAUAACAGAGGACAGUGAGAUAUGUAUGGGCACUCUGAACAAUAUAAAGAUGAAAGUACAAGAGUAGAACGUAAAGCAGUGGAUAAAGGUAUGAAAGAAUAUAGGUACUAUAAACAGUGUAAGAUAGAGUUGUUACCAUGGUUAAUGUGACUGACAAUAAUGCAAAAGGAAUUAAGGAUAGUAAUUCAGGGAUAGUACUUAUCUGUGUUUAAAGCAGACGAUGGCAGCCAUUCAAAUUUUGUUCCCUAUGUAUAUAAUUGAUUAGUUAUGAGUAGCAAAAAUAUUGUUCUGUUUUCCUGGACAAAUAUCAUUUUAACCUAAGUAGAUAAAACCUGGAAAUAAAUAUAUUUCAUGACUG